UUCAGUCAAAAUAUUUUUGUGUUUUUCGUAAACAUAACCCAUAGAACAUUCGAAUUUAGAAAAUUAUGUUAAAGACGAGCAAAUAAUUCGUAUUUGUUUUGGAAUUCUGUGACCGAAAUGACACUGCAUUGACCAACGUACGAACGAGUAUGUUGUCAUUCAUUAAUUCUCUGCGAACGCCUGUGGCCAGGCUUAGUUUACUGAGCCGAAGUAAUACCGGUGCAUCCACAUUCGUUCGCUUCAAAAGCAGUGGCCAACCGGACAAUGCAUCACAAAAACUGAAAAACCGUUCAACACUAUAUUAUGCAACCGCAGCUGGAGUCUUGUUCGUUGGUUUGACUUAUGCAGCCGUGCCACUCUAUCGAAUGUUUUGUCAGGCCUACAGUUAUGGUGGAACAACUGGGGUAGGUCACGAUGGCGACAAAGUGGAAACAAUGGAGAAAAUUAAGGACCGAGUUUUGACCAUAAAAUUUAAUGCGGAUCUGGGAGCGUCUAUGCGUUGGAACUUUCGACCACAACAAUAUGAAAUCAAGGUGAUACCUGGUGAAACUGCUCUAGCGUUUUAUACGGCCAAAAAUCCCACCGAUGUACCAGUAGUCGGCAUAAGCACUUACAACGUUAUACCAUUCGAGGCCGGAGCCUAUUUCAAUAAAAUUCAAUGUUUCUGUUUCGAAGAACAGCAACUGAAUCCUCACGAAGAGGUCGACAUGCCAGUGUUCUUCUACAUAGAUCCAGAAAUCGUAGCCGAUCCGAAAAUGGAAUUUGUCAGAGAAAUCACUUUGUCGUACACAUUUUUCGAAUCGAAAGAGGGUUUCACAGUUCCGAUGCCACCAAGCUAUGCGAAAAGUCACUAGAUGCCGAAUGUUGUUACAGUUUUCUUUUAUUAUUUAAUGUUUUAAUUAAAGCGAAAUAGUUGA